CCCACCCAAACUUUCCCUCAAACCAGACGGAGGUUUGAUUCCAAACUGAUUGCAUACAGUUUAGAGCGCAUUUGACUUUUUGAAACUCUGCUUAUUGCAACACAAGAAGGAAAAGUAGGAAAAAGUAAUGGUGAAAGCGCGCGGAAUGUGGCUUUAUUGAAAUUUGAAGUCAUGUAUCCAAACGAAAAGAGGAGGGACAAACAGGGAUAGAGAAUGCGCCCCUGAAUUUUGUAGUUUCUGUGUUGCAUGUGAUUUGCCAAAGUUGUUUAUUAUUAUUGAAGAAAGGCAAGUCUCAAUGAUGGUUCAGCAACUUCCUGACGAUAUGAUCUUUGAAAUCCUCACCUAUGUUCCAGCUGAUACACUAUAUGAACAAAGGUUAGUAUCCAAGAUGUGGCAUAAGUUCAUAUCAGACCCUAUUUUCAUCAGUGCCCACCUCUCUCAUGCAGAGUCUGGUUUGAUUUUUCAAGACUUCAGUACAGAAAAGCUCAGGUACAAGGUUAAUUUCUUGUAUUUAGAAGAGGGGAGGUUCAGGACCAAAGAUUUGAAGCUUCCCCUCCUAUCUGGAGCUAAAAUCCGUGCUAGUUGCAAUGGUUUAAUCUUGCUGGAGAACAUCCCUGAAUCUGGAGACUUGUCUGUGGCUAAUCCUGUCACUAAACAAUGGAUCAAACUCCCCCCCCCAGCUCCAAAUAAAUUGCUGUCAUCUAGACGCAUUUAUGCAUCUCAAUAUGGAUUCACAUGGCAUCCUGGCACAAAUGAGUACAAAGUUUUGUGCUUCAGUGAAAGAAAAGCUGUAUGUUUGAUACUAACAUUGGGAUCUGAUAAAUGGGAGCUUGUUAAUGUACCUGAACAAUUUAUCCAACUUGCUCGUGAUAAUACUUCUGUUAAUGGCUUCUUGCAUUCAAUAGAUGGAGAUUUUGAUGAUGGAGACAAAGAGGACAUGCUUUCCAUGGACACAGCUGAUAAAAGUUUCCACAAGAAAAAACUUCCGAAAUGUCGAGGGGAGCAAGAUAAACUGUUGGAAUUAGGGGGUUCUUUGUCAUUCAUAAGCCGAAUUGAUUCUACAGCAGAAUUUGAGAUAUGGGUUUUGAAGGAUUUUGAUAAAGGGGACUGGAUUAAACUUUACAGUGUUAAACUUGACGUGGGUGUGAAGUUAGCUAACUCAAGAAGCCUAGAUUCAGCUAAGCCGAUUUGUUGUUUGAUGAAUGGCAAAUUAGUAGUUUUUGCAGUUGAUAGAUCCUUCUAUGCAGCAAGUACCCAACAGCCAUGGGUGAAAAGGAUAUGGAAUCUCAAAACAGAGCAUUGUUUGACACAUUUGAACACCCUUGUUUCUUGCAAAACAUUUUAGAAUUGCUUGCUCACAUUGUGCUUUAAUUUCACUGUGGAGUCAUGUUAUAACCUACUUUCAAAUUUCAAUAUCUUUCUGUGUUCUUGGAUUA